AAAAAAAAAAAAAGGUCUGCGAAUCCAUUGUCCAUGGGUUCUGGCGCUUGAACAGUUCAAUCACAUCAGAAUGACCCCUUAAAACGUUUCUUACUUGUCUCUCUUCUAUAAAUAUAUAUCAUUACUUCACACCCUUUUUCUCUAUCCGUUUCCAGUUUUCCUUUCUUUUUCUUUUUAAAAGAAAGAGAAAAAGCUUCUAUCUCUCUCUACCCCCUGUUUCAGUACUCUGUUUUCUACUGCACUCUCCUUAAAAAUGGCGGACAUUGAAGACAAAUUUCCUAACUCUCCUGUGAAACACAAUAAAGUGUUUGUUGCAAUCCAGUUUCUUUUUAGACUUUUGGUGGUUGGAACCACAUUUGCUGCAGCUUACUUGAUGGCUACUAACAAGCAAUCAGUUACAAUUGAUAGCUUUUAUUUCGAUGCCAAAUAUAGCUAUAUCCCUUCUUUCAAGUUCUUUGCUCUGGCAAAUAUUAUUGCGUGUGGCUGCUCUGUUGUGUCUUUUCUGCUGCUCUGCAUUUUCAGUCGUCAUGGCUGCAGUCCUGCCCAUUUUUUCUUCUUGUUCCUUCAUGAUUUGUUCAUGCUGUGUUUGGUUCUUGGUGGAUGCUCUGCUGCAAUGGCAAUAGGUUACUUGGGAAAGUAUGGGAAUGAUCACUCUGGUUGGAUGCCAAUUUGCGAUCAAGUGACCAAAUUCUGUAACAGAACACAAAUGGCAUUCAUUUGUUCCUUCUUAGCUGUGAUUCUCUUGCUGAUUCUUACUCUCACUUCUGCAAGCAAAUCUAGGAAAGUUUAAAUGUAGAACUCUAAUGUUUAGCCUUUUGUCUAGAAAUAAAAGCAGAACAGAAAAAUAGAAAAGAAAAAAAGGAAGGUAGAUAAAGAUGGUGAAAUGGGUAUCUCUUGUAAGAACUUUAAAUGACUGUUAUUCUAUAUGAAAGGGAACCUCAUUAAUGUUUUUUCUGUUUAAA